AGCACCAGCACCAGCACCAGCACCGGUACCUGCGCCAGUACCAGUACCAGUACCGGCAACUCAGCAUCGGUGGUCCGGAGAUCCACGGCGCAGUACUUCAGCCUCAAGUUGUGACUAGCGGUCCCCGUCCGAACAGUACUGUCUGCGGGGAGUGCGGCGUGCGUGGCUUUGCGCAGCGCCGUCGCUCGAGCAGCGUGUCUUGUCCUGACUUAUUUAACCGAGUGCCCAUUGUCUGAUCUCGCGCCUCCAAUAUGCCUCCAUCUGGGCCCUUUCCGCAAUUUCUCCGCGCCAAACUCACUGCAAGCUCAAUGUCUGGCACUCAAGUUGCUGUCGCAGCCGCCGUCGCAGGCGUGGGCGCCUAUGCUUUGUACCUGCGCAAGUCUGCGGGCGCCAAUGCAACCGACAAGCCCAGUCUGGCAAGCUUCGGCUUCCAUAGUCUGCGACUCCAUAGCACCGAGCUGGUCAGCCACAACGUCAAACGCCUGCGCUUCGAGCUCCCCAACGCGACCCAGCCAGGCGGGCUCUCGCUGACGUCAGCUCUUCUCACCAUCUCCAUUCCCGCUGGUCGGUGGCUGCCCGUCCUCCGGCCAUAUACUCCCGUGAAUUCCCUGGACGAGACUGGCUUCGUUGAGCUUAUGGUGAAGCACUAUCCCGGCGGGAAGCAGAGUUCUCACCUCCACUCGCUCAAGCCGGGCGACAGACUCACCGUCGCCCCCAUCAAGGGACUUAGCUGGACACCAAAUAAGCACCCGCACGUGGCCCUGAUAGCCGGCGGCGCCGGCAUCACACCCAUGUACCAGCUGACACAAGGCAUCCUCAACAACCCCGGGGACAAGACGCGCAUCACGCUCGUCUGGGGAGUUAACACCGACUCGGAAAUUUUCCUGGCUGAGCAGUUCGGUGCGCUGCAGAAGAAGUUCCCCGACCGCUUCAAGGCCAUCUACGUCGUGGCCACGCCAGAAUCUUCCUCUCCGCACCCCAAGGGAUUCAUCACCAAACAGAUCCUCGAGGAUGCUGGCUUGAUCGCGAGUUCGGAAAAGAACAAGGACAUCAAAGUCCUCGUCUGCGGGCCGCCGCCUAUGGAAAAGGCGCUGAAGGGAGCCAUGUCGAAACCGGGCGUCUUGGCAGAACUGGGGUAUUCUCCGGCUCAGAUUUAUAGUUUCUAGUUUGCGUUGGCUUGCCUUGAGCCGCCUGUAGGUAAUUACAAAUUCAGACAGCUUAAUGAGAAUAGCCAUUGGUACCCAAA